GAGACGAGGAAGCUUUUAGAUGGUAGCCAUAUUGUGUCGAUAGUGUCAGUAAAAAUAAUAGUGAUUUUCUUGAAUUUUAUUGUGUAUGUUGUGAGGCUUCUGGCCUACAAGUAUGAACAAAACCCCCAGUAGACGCUCCUCAUAGCAAUGGCAGCAUCUAGAAAAUUACAAGGUGUGAGGAUGGGUAGGGUGAGGAUGGACUGCCACGAAAUGCGAUUGAAGAGGUAGUGGGUGUGAGCCGGCAACAGUUUGGCUGGACCCUCAAGCAAGGUCCGCCUGUGACCUCAGCCCAGAGCCUACCACAGCAGCACUGGCACUUUCCUACGUGAAGAUUGGCCAAACCCAGGACACCACAUUUGGGAGGGUUAUCCGGGGUCACGUGUUGACGUCCCGUCAACUUGAGAGAGGCUGCACAUCUCGCGUUGAACUCAGUAGGGACGCCGCGCACUGGCUACCUACAUGGCAAACACACCCUGGUUGUACUAGAGCCCCCAUCAUAAAACGCUGUUGAGGGCUUUCAACUUCCAGAGGGGCAAGAUGAGCAGGAUGAGGAAGAGUGAAAUUGAUCGAUGCCUGAAAAAAGUGGCAGAGGGUGUGGAACAGUUUGAAGACAUUUGGCAAAAAGUACAUAAUGCCACUAAUAGUAACCAAAAGGAAAAAUAUGAAGCAGACCUUAAAAAGGAAAUUAAAAAACUUCAAAGAUUACGAGAUCAAAUCAAGUCUUGGUUAGCCUCGGGGGAAAUAAAGGACAAAUCUCAACUCCUUGAGAACCGGAAAUUGAUAGAAACGCAAAUGGAGAGAUUUAAGGUGGUAGAAAGAGAAACGAAGACCAAAGCAUACAGUAAGGAGGGGCUAGGGGCAGCACAAAACAAGGACCCAGCGCAACGGGAAAGAGAAGAAGUCAACAAUUGGCUUAGUUCCUCGAUAGAUACCUUAAAUAUACAGAUGGACCAAUUUGAAUCUGAAAUUGAGUCUUUAUUGGCAACGCAAAAGAAGAAGAAGAUGGAUAAAGAUAAGUCUGACCGGAUAGAGGACCUGAAGGAGUAUAUAGACAGACAUCAGUACCACAUUAAGAAGUUGGAGAUCCUAAUGAGAAUGCUUGACAACCAAUCUAUAGACUGUGAUCAGAUUAAAAUGAUCAAAGAAGAUGUCGAAUACUACAUCGAGUCCUCGCAAGACCCCGACUUCAGUGAAAAUGUUGGGCUUUACGACGACAUUGACAUGGAUGACCUGGAUUAUCCAACUCCUGAAAUAACUGUAGGCAAACAUGUGCUGGGCGGGAGUCAUGACAGCACAGACGGGUCAACACCAUCAUCGGUGUGUGGGUCUUCACCUGCCCCGUCACCUGCCACCAACCAUUCCAACGACCAUGACGCACCCACCACACCUCACGAUAAGAAGAGAAGUAGUAAAAAUGAAGAGUCCAGAUCAGUCAGUUCAACAAGCCAGCCAGUAAAACCAUUGGUAGUAAGACCAACGACCAACAGCAUCACAAGCAACAGUAACCUGAGUAGUAAUAGUAGCAGUAAUACCAAUAACAGCAGCUCUGUGUCCACUGCCUCCAUUGUUGUGGUCAACUCUAAUUCAUCAUCCAAGGCCACACCACCUCCAUCCACCCCCACAAAGCCUGUAUCAGGUUCAACUUCUCAAACUACUCCAAACAACAGCAGCACAAGUUCGGGAACUUCCAACCACCUUAUCACCUCAGCCUCACAACACAACAGUACAGGAAGACAUUCACCAGAACCAAGUGGACUGAUAAACAGUGGUAUCGUGAAUAGUAAUAGUGGGAGUGGCAGCAGCAGCAGCAGUAGUAGCAGUUGCAGCAACAGCAGUAGCAGCAGUGGGAACUCCGUAUCAAACAGUAGUGGGAGUAGCAGCAGCAGUAGCAGCAGCAGCAGUAAUGGUCUCAGCAGUGGAGUGAGCAGCAGUGUGAGCGUUACUUCUCCACAGGGCAGUCUAGCUGGUAGUGCCACCACUACUCCAGCAUUACCAACGCCAUCAACCCCAUCAACACAUCAAGUGCACACGCCAACUAUGAAUGCUGCUGAUACAGCGGUAUCGUUAAAAGCGAUAGCUCAGAAGAAAGUUAAUGAGGUUAAUUCCACAUCGAUACCACCCUCAGUGUUGGAUGGCAGCAGUUGUGUUGUAAGCAGUAGCAGUACGACUACCAGCACUAAUACAAAUAGUAACAAUAACUCAACCUGCACUAAUAGUUCGGGGAAAAGCACGGGGACUUGUGAAGCCCACAUUCCUCCACUAUUAGGAGUAGCUCCUCUAGGCCCAGCCCAGUUAACAGUUGAGCAUGAGCUACAGUUUAAAAUGCUACAGGCGGCCUUUUUCCAUAUGCCUCACCCGUCCGAUUCGGAGAGAUUGAGAAUACACUUGCCCCGCCAACCGUGCCAGACGCCGCUAUACUAUCCACAGGUGAGCGGCUUGGACCUACCGGUCUCACCUCCAAUGUCAGAUACAGUUGAUUUCUUCCAGCGACUGUCAACAGAAACUCUCUUCUUUAUCUUCUAUUAUAUGGAAGGCACCAAAGCCCAGUACCUGGCUGCUAAAGCUCUAAAGAAACAGUCUUGGAGAUUCCAUACAAAAUACAUGAUGUGGUUCCAGCGGCAUGAAGAGCCAAAGGCAAUCACAGAUGAAUAUGAGCAGGCAGUCCCCGAGUUACGAACACCCGACUUACGAACACCCACACUUACGAAUGGGAUCCCAAUAUAUUCAUCGCAAAAAUCUGGCACAUACAUCUACUUCGACUAUGAGAACUGGGGCCAGCGGAAGAAGGAAAAUUUCACCUUUGAGUACCGGUUCUUGGAAGACCGGGAUCUGAACUAAGACGUCCGCAAAUAUCCAGAUCUCGCACACACUUCCCUCGGCACAUUUUCCACACUGAGGGUGGUUGUGCUACACUUGAGUGAUAAUUAUCCAUAUGGCAAGCAAAAGGAGAGGAAGGUGGUGGAGGGGAAAUGGGGGGGACCAAGGAAGGUUGGAUGGGAGAACAUUUUUCCUGUUUCAGACCAGACCUCGGCCCAGCCCAGCCACUAUCUUUGUUGUUGUUCAAUGCUUCCCAGUCAAGUCAGUGUCAUGACUGCCACAACCACUGUCACACCAUGAUAUGUGAUAGUGUUGUAUCUAUUCCUCUUUAUUUUCCUUUUUUCUUCUUUUUUUCCUUUUUUUUUUUUUCAAAAAAUAGAAUGUCUAUUUUUAGAGGAUAGUUUCCUCUUUUGCACAUGCCCCAGACUUGUGUUCACAAAAGUUGUCCAUGAGGUCUGUAUGGUUGAGUUUGUAUGUUGUACUCCAGUCUAAGAGUACUAUUGCCUGAACACCACUUUUUGAUCUCGUCCUUGAAAGAGGCAAGAGUUUAGAUUUGUAAGUUUAGUGCAUUAUGCAUUAUUGCUCAAAUUUCUGGAUGCAGCAUUUUGUGCAGAUAAUAUUUUGCUGCGAACCAGUAUUAAUGUUUAGGACUGGUUUUGAAGGAGAUUACACAAAUGUGGAAUGCCAAAGAUCUGUGAUGCUGUUGCCUGCCAGCCAUUCUUUUGUCACAGCUGAGCUGAACUUGCCUAAUAAAGGGAUGUUCCAUUACAACCAGAAAUGAUGGACUGAUGGCAGUACCGAAUCACACCUGGGGAUCAUUAAUACAGACCUGGCUUUAUACUUUAUUCCUUACAGUGGUAAUGGUGCAUACAGUAUACUUUCUUUUAAUUUGUUUAUGUAGUCAAAAACUAAAGUGGGGGUUUAAUUCAAAUUUUCCAAUUCAAAAACUACUUUUUUUUUUAUAGUUUACUUUAACAUACAAGUUUCCAUAGAUAAGUUAUGGUUCACUGGUGUUGAGGUAUGUGUUAUGUGAAGCACUGCUACCAAAAUGAAAAUGGUGAGGAAGUCUGGUGGCCUGAAUGCAUAAGUUGUUAGUUGGUCUUCUUCAGUUCAUUAUCACUCAGGUUGGAAGGUUCAGACACCACCCUAGAGUUUCACCAUGUGUAUCAAGACUCACUUUGGAACAAAAUUUUAAUAAAUUAACAUCUUAAAGGUUUAAUACUUCUGAUCACAAGCUGUGACUUGUAUUUUUUUUUUCUUGGUUAUACAUGGGUGGUAAAGUACUGAAUCUGUUGAAUCCAUAUUUAUUAUGUUGGUAUUAAGAAUGCCCGUGCAAUACUAUUUUUGGUUUGUUUUUAUUAGCUUCCAUUCAUACUUGUUGAUAGUAUCUGAUUGACUCUGAUGAUCCUGUCUAGAUUGUAUAUUAGUUUUAUAGAAAAUUUUUAUCAGUUUAGAAAAAAAUAAUAUUUUAAAAAUUUAUACUGCAAGUCCAAGUAGACACAGUUAACUGUAAUAGUAAAAAUUAUAAUUGAAAAUUAUAUUUGAACAUUAUUAGAACAGAGACUGCCAUUCAAACUGAUAUAAUAUGAAAUUCUUUUUAUAAGAAGAUAGUAUACGUGAAAUUCAUUCCUUAAAUAUAUUUUGCUUGAACUUAGUUUUGGUUUCCUGUGUAAGUCCAGCAUUGAAAUAGGGAAUUUUUGUGUACAGAAAGUCGGUCGUUUGCUCAAGGCAAAGAUGCAACUGACAGACUUAUGGAAGCCCUCAGACAUCUAGGUGUCCAGCUAAAGGAGUAGGAUCAUGUAGAUAGUGUACAGUCGUUGUAGACUUUUUAUACAGUGUAAAUGAUAUUUUUAUACUGUCCUUGACAUCCCUACAGAGGUAUGCAGUGUAGCUGGAAACUGACCACUUUUCUUGGUUGAUUUGGAACAUCAUGUUGGAUUUAAGGACUAGCAGGUUUGCUGCUGAAGUAUUCAGCAGUUUUAACAAGUGUAUGCAAUAAUAUCAAUGGAUAAUGUGCCACUGUAUCAGUUUCAGAAAGCCUAAUUUUCAUACACAAACUACUUGAGAAAUUGUGCCUCAUUGAAAGCUGUGAGAGGGCAGUAUUCAUUGAUUUUUUUGCCUACAAAAUUUGCAUAAUUAUUUGUCCAGGUUGGCUUCUGGCAAAGACAACUUAAGUUUUUAAAUCCAUUAUCACUUUCAAAAUACUUUUCAUAAAUCCUUUUAGGUUUUGCAGAUUUAUUUUCACAUUGAGCAGUCUUUUCUUUUAUUGAUACAGUCUGUUAAUCAUGGCAUUUGAGCAGUGGUUGUGGUGUCAUGAGAUAAUGGGACAAACAACACAUUGGUUUAAGAGUAGAGGACAAAGGUGUUUAUAUAAAAGUGAUAUAAAAUACACUCUAUUUCCUGUGGAA